AUGAACAAGAAAUAUAUACUAUGUGUAUUUGUUGUAAUGAUAGCCAUAACGAAUUCAAGUUAUGCGUCUCCAGCAUAUUCUAAACCUAUGAGUAAAAGAGCAUCACCUGCACCUAUGAGUAAUACAGCGAAAAUUCUUGUUGAUGAUGUUAAUAAUUUAAAUGCUGUCGGAAAAUUAGAAAUUUUAAAAUUUGCUACAAAGAUUUCUGCAGCUUAUUUUUAUCCUGGGUACAACAAUGGACAACCAGGACAAGUUGGAAAAGUUGCGGCUAAAUCUGGUUAUAUGUAUGAGCCUUUUACGGAAAAUCCUAUAACGUAUGAUUUUGCCCUUAUAAAGCUUGAUUACCCAGAAGGAAGAAAAUUACAAGAUGAUACUGGAGCUUUCGAUUAUGAUCUCGAUAUACCUCGUGAUAAUUAUCCAGUUAAUGUAUUUGGUUAUCCGAUAGAUGGUGAUAUGAACUGUCCCAAAGAUGGACAACAUCUUUGUGAGUAUGAAGGACUUUCAUUUGAUAUGCCACCGGAUGUUCCAAAUCCCCAGUCAUAUAGAGCUAUAACUAUAGAUGUUGCAACUAACAUAGGCAAUGUAAUGGGUGUCUCACAUGUUAUAUUACCUGAGCCUUAUCCUGAUGAAACCGCCGCUUGGUCAUGGACUCACAACGAUUUUGCAGUUCUAUUGAACUAUGCUGAAAAUAAUUAA